CUUAGUUGUGACGUAUGUUUACGUAUGGUUAAACACCUGUUUUAUUUUUGGGAUUUUCUAAAAAUUAUAAUGUUUCUCUCUCGUAAGAAAGCAGUGCAUUUGGAUGGUGUCUCUUUAAAAGGCGAUCCUCUCUCUGAUAUUGAAGGGGCAUGUCUUUUUAAACGGGUUUAGCCGAACCUCUAUUACGUUAUGUAUAAGUUUGUGCUUUUUUGUAUGAUUUAAUGGCGCUAAAUGUGGAAUGGAGCAAACGUUACGUGCAUAUAGACGAUGCAGCAAACUGUCAAGGUCAGGUCGCCGUUGUGCUUUGAGUUGACGCCUUACUACGCGAAAAGGCAACGGGAGAUGAUUGAUUUCGCCUUUAUUGCAAGGCUCAUUACUGAUAGGGAAGCGCGUGCCCCUCUCCUGUCGAGUUAUUAAAAGGGACUUGAAAGGAAAUUGUCAAGAUGGCAGCGACAAAAGAUAUGGGAAUGCACGGAUCCUUGAUUUUUUGCUUUCAUUUUUUCCAAAACGUGCUUUCAGUGUGAAUCGAUGGGGUGAUCGCCGGAUCCUUCCUCACGGGAAAUGCUACUUGUUUUUGUUUGCAACUUGGGCACGUUUUCUCUCUUAGGAUUUCUCGCUAAAUGAGACAGUUUUGCCGUCCGCAGCCGCAUCGCAUCAGUGCCGUUGCGUUAGGCAGGAAGAGCAUUCCCUCAACUGGCACAACCUAGUUUCAUACUGUAUAAUAGAUAGGGGGAGAAAAAAAACUAACCAGUCCAAGUGGCUGUUGUAAAACAAUCUGCAGAGCGAGGGGCAAAGCCAAAGCAAGAACAGCCGUGAUACAUCCGAGAGUAGCCAAAAUUUCGCUAUUUCGCCAAGCUGCCUGAAAAAAAUCGCCUCCAUCUAUUUGAUCUUGCUGUUGUGGCACUAUGUUAAAUAGCGAUUCGACUGCAUUAUUGAACACCAGUUUGCAAGUUUAACCUUACUGUGUUUCACUUUUGGAUGCAUUAUCAUGAAAAUGAUUGUUGUGGAAAUACGAUCCUCGAGAGUUUGGAUUUUUUAUUUUUGCAAUAAGCGAUUUCUUAAGGAAAUCUUGCCAAUAACCUUGAAAUAGACAGGAAACACGUGCAGACCUGUUCGCAAGACAGCUACUGAAUGAGGCAAAAUAUUUACUAAUCUCAGCGGAGCAACAUAACACCGUAGAUUGACCGUUCGUUUACUGUUACCCAAGCAUUAAUACAUUUCUUCAAACUGAAUUUUAGGGCAAAUUGAUUUUUUACUUUCUCUUUUAUUUUUUUCAGCAAAUUAUUUUUUACAGUUCAUUUAUAAAUUACUGCAGGGGAAAUGUGUUAUUAGAUACUUUCUUGAAUGACAACAGAGAUCAACGAAACUGAAAAGAUUAUGGCACUCGCUCCGGCAACUGAUCCCAUUUCUUCGGCGGAUAUUGAGAUAGACCCAGAUUUUGAGCCACAAAAAAGACCAAGAUCGUGCACUUGGCCUCUGCCUAGACCUGAAUCAAAUGGCAACAAAAGCGAACUGACUGAUGCGGACAUAAUCCCCGAAGAGGUGGACGAUGGAGAGGACGCCGCUGGAUCUGCCAGCCACGAUGCCAGCAUCGCAACCGAGGACCGAAGCAGCUCCGGCGGAAUAAACGGAGCCCCGGCCGGCGGGGACCGCGCCGAUUCACGACUUAAUUCACAAUCUCUGGCUGCGGUGGACAACAGUUCCAACAACGACAGUCCGAGGCCACAACAGCCGCGGAAGUCCUGCCGGAGAAAUGCUUGGGGUAACCUCUCCUAUGCGGACCUCAUCACCACAGCAAUAGAGAGCUCGCCCGACAAAAGGCUCACCCUGUCCCAAAUCUAUGACUGGAUGGUCAGGUGUGUGCCAUACUUUAAGGAUAAGGGCGACAGCAACAGUUCGGCUGGAUGGAAGAACUCUAUCCGGCACAAUCUGUCCCUCCACAGUCGUUUCAUUCGGGUGCAGAACGAAGGUGCUGGCAAGAGCUCCUGGUGGAUGGUCAACGCCGAGGGUGGGAAGGGCGGCAAGGCCCCGCGGCGGCGGGCUAUGUCCAUGGACAACUGCAACAAGUACACCAAAAGCCGCGGCCGGGCGACCAAGAAGAAGGUGGCCAUGCUGGCUGCGCGUGAAGGCAGCGUAGAGAGUCCGCCGGGCCUCGCCCAGUGGUCGGGGAGCCCCACCUCCCGCAGUAGUGAUGAGCUCGACGUCUGGAUGGACUUCCGCUCACGUACCAGCUCCAAUGCUAGCACUGCCAGUGGCCGCCUAUCUCCUAUCCUAGCCAACCCUGAGCUGGACCAGUUGCCUGACGACGACAUGCCACUCUCCCCCAUGCUGUACUCUAGCCCUAGUGGGGUAUCCCCCUCGUUUAGCAAAGCCUCCCCCUCGGAGUUACCCUACCUGGCUGACCUGGCUGGAACCAUGAACCUGAAUGAGGGCCUCUCUGACAGCCUCAUGGACGACCUCUUGGAUAACAUGAGUUUCACUCUAUCGCAGCAACAGUCUCUGGGAGACGCCGAUGGCGGCAGUGAGACUGGAAGUGCCCUGCACAGGAGCUCCAGCCUGACACUGGAUUCCAAAAACAGCGGGUUAGGCUCCCCUCCUGGCAGCUACACCAACUCCGUGUACGACGCCUUGUCCUUGCGCUCGUCGCCCAUGCAGACCAUCCAGGAGAACAAGCCUGCCACCUUUUCUUUCGUUUCCCUCUUCGGAAGCCAGAACCCGUGUUCCGAUCUGCUUCGCCACAGCGAUGUCAUGAUGACACAGUCCGACCCACUGAUUUCACAGGCCAGCCUCCCGGCCUCUUCUCAGUUCCUACGUCGUAACAACGUGCUGCGCAACGACCCCAUGAUGUCCAACAACCUCUGUUCGGCGAACCACUCCGGUCAGUCCCAGAACUCCUUGCUGAUGAGCUGGCACACCGGCUUGUCCUCCACCAAGGAGGACCUUGAGUUGACCAACGAGGCAAAUAACCUCAAAUCUGUCAGGCAAAAGCUCCAGUCACCUAUGCAACCUGCUUCGUCUGAGUCCUUCAUGUAUCCCAUCUCCAACGGAGGCGGCAUCUCCAUCCCACUCACCAGCCAGGAACAUUACCUCAGUGACCCAGACCUGGACAUGCUCAGUAGCAGUCUGGAGAGUGACAUGGACUCCUUCAUUCGCAGCGAGCUGCUGGAUGCUGAUGGUUUGGAUUGCAGCUUAGAUUCUCUGACCGCUGCUCAAAACACCAUCAACCUUAAUGCGGGGAAUCUCGCUAACUCUAAAAAGACCUCAUCCCAGGACCAGCUACCCGGUUUAGAAGCUGGUCUCUGAGGACUAGAAGAUGGGGCAAGAUAAGCUUGAGUUCCAGCUGUACUUAAAUAUUCCAUUCCCCGUAUGGUUGUAAAGCUUUGUGAAUGUAAAUGUCAGUAAGCUCAGAUAGUAAGCAUAUAGAUCUGUGUUUAUUAGAUAUAUGCCCAAUGAAAGGAUCAUGUUACUUAAUUUAUUUUUUCACCACAUGUUUUGGUAAGCCGUAACAUCUGUUUGUUAUAUUUUAUAUGGCCAGAUGCAGUACUAUGAAGUAUUAUGAAAUGAGCAACAGUAUUACAAGGUGUUUAAAAGACAUGUGUAGAAUAUUUUUGGCAGCAGAUUAGGUCAGUGACUUAUUGACGUUAGUUUUUUUAUGCAAUUAAACAAUCUUUUAGCGUAACAGUUGCAUAAGUAAAAAAAAUACGUUAAUAAAAAUGAAUAUACUCAUUGUGGACCACUGGGAAAUGCAAGGACUGGUUUUCUGGUUUUUAUCGUAAUGCCUGCUUGCUGCCCACUGCAUGUGUAUUUCCGUUUAAUGAAGGCCAGCUGGCUGUCUUCAAGCAGAGUGCUGCAGAACUUAAAAUAACCAGCUGGGCUGAUUUAGAGCUUGAGCGCAGGAGUAAGUGGCUGUAAUGGGACAUUGUUAUUCACAGCAGAAUGUGAGCUUUUAUUUUGACACUGAGUUUUUUUUUUGUGAAUUGUGUUUCAACAAGUUUUUGCAUAAAGAACAAGACAAUAGGUGCAUCUUGUUUUAAAAAUCCUUACAUAUAUAGGGUCCUGUGACCUAAUGCCACGGACCAUUUACAGCCAGGCUUGUUUUGCUGUAGUUUUAAACAGAUUUCUAAUACACGUCAAAUCAUUAUUAUAUGAAAACAAUUACUAGACCUACACUAAGUACAACACUGAAUGUAUCCCGUGUUUGUACUACUUAAGACUUUAAAAACUAUUUUUACCACUGGCUGAGCAUUGCAUAUAUAAACAGUGAUGUGCUCAUCAGAUUUUGGCUAUGCAGAGAAAUGAAAAUUAAAAAAGAAUAAUACAAAUAUUAUAUUCCACUGAUAAUAUACUUGAUUUAAUGCUUUGAUAUGCAGCCUGCACUUAGAGAUGAAUAUCUCAUCUUAAAUUAUCUGAAACAUAAUCUAGGUUUCAGCUAACACUCGAGGUUGUUGGAAGGUCAACCUAGAGCUCAAGAGUUUUCGGUUUUUAGUGCAGAACAGAAAGUUAAAACGAAGUGCAAUCUCUUGUCUGGAAAUUUUACCAGGCUUGACGUCACAGCGCCAGUACAAUCCAUAUACAUGUGCGUAUAUAGAUGAGCUGUGUUGAACGACGGAGUUAUUUCUGUAAUAUUAUUUGUCUACUUGUAUUGUGCAAUAUGCAGCCCCAAAUCGUUUUUUCUUUUAAUUAAGAUUCGUGAUUCAAAAGCCAACCCAAAACCAGCUCAAAAUAUCCUGCCAACACAUUGUGUAUAAGUUUAUCCAGAAGGAUUUCUCUUUUAGUACUAGUUGUAUUCAGUUUUUACUGCAAAAACGGGAAAAGUGCGUCUAAAGACAACACAGCACUCCGUUUUUUUUAGCUUAUUAUUUUAAGCUAAUUAAUUUUUAUAUAGUUUUCAGGGUACAGUAAUUCUUGUAAAAAUAUCCCGAGGUCUUGUAUAGGGAUUCCAACACUGUUAUGGUUCUGAUUAUAUGCAAAAAUAUUUAAAAUCACAAGUCUUACAUCUGUGCUUUUGUAUUUUUAUUUACCACAUCGCAUUAUAAAUAAUUCUACUUUCCACGAUAGAUUUUUGAAACCGAAUAGAGGUUUUGUACUCAUUGUUGAUGUGUUGGUUUUAAUAUAUAAUCUCAGAUCUAUUAUCGCUGUAAACCGAAGGUGUUAUGAAAUGAGACUGUCGUUCUCGCUCAGCGAGAGGUGAAUCCAGUGUUUUAUUCUAGUAUUUUCUGCCUUUCUGCAUCAUGACAGGUGCUGCACGGAGUGCUAAAUUGGAUUCUAUUUAAUUCGAGUUACGCGGCGGAAACAGGCAUGAAAUAGAAACGGUUUAAAAACGACGCGUUAUGUGGUGGCAUAUAGUAUUUAGGCUCAUUUUUAUGCCAGAAUAAUAUUUAGGCACGUUUAACGUGCAAACGAUAUCCUGGCCAGGAGGAAAAGACUGAAACUGUGAAAGUAUGUAGAAUAUAAAAGGGAAAGGGGUUAGUUCUGCUUGCAGAGUGAAAUGUAGUUGUACUUUGCCCGUGCCAUGUUCUAAUCUUUAGGGAAAACCUGUAGUGAGUACUAGGUAGAUGCUGUUUAACUUAUUUUAUUGAUGUUCAGAUUUUGUUUCUUUAUAAGAAACAGAUGGCAGCUGUUACUUAAAUCUAAGGCCUUCUAUGAAAAUGCAAACUUGAUUUUACUUACAUAAAAAUAUACACGGGGCAACUGACUUUAUCAGGAAAGGUAUUCUGCUUUUCUUGUGUGGUUUCCGCGUAUUUCACGCCAUUUUGCUACCAUAUUAUAAAGAUCAUUAUUUAUUCAGACAUGUGAAUAAUACUAGGAGUGGCGGGAGUGGAGCUCCGCGGGUCUGAGAGCCGAUAAUGCGGGUGUCCUGCUUUUAUGAAAUGGCGCUCUCCACACUAGUUAUAUGCAUGUCUCUGAAUGAAAUGGCAGAUAGCAAAACGACCUUCAGGUCAAUGCAUGAGUCACCUUUUCAUUGGACACCCACACUGCUCAACUGUCCUAAAGCAUGAAAUCCUUUUUUAUUCAGUGUUACCCAAUAAAAACCAACAAAUAACCUAACAGUAUGCGUUUAUACUAGUAUGUGAUAUGAAAUUUAGCCAAUUGCAUUUUGCUGUGUUUGUGCCCCGUCCCAAAUGGUGCCAUAUUUACACUCAUUUUAGAAUGUGCCUCUUAUUGAUUAUUCCCUUAAAAUUCUACGUAUUCUCAUGUAAAUCGGUAAAUUUACAGUGUAAUUACAUCCGUGACCACAGCAUGAUUUUUAAAUAUUUUUUCUUCGUUUAUUCCAAAGAUAAACAUUAUUAACUCCUCAGCUAUUCAGUGAAAACAUCAUACUGUAAAAUCUUGAGUCUUUGGACGUUUAUGUAAAUGUACAUAAUAAUGUACAUAAGCGGAUAUAUUUCAGUGUAUUAAAUUAGUUAUAAGUUUCAUUCCAAGUAGUUUCUUGGUGGAAAAAAAUGACACUCGAUUUGAGGGUCACAUUAAACGGGACUGACAUGGAAACAUUAGCGAGCACCUCAUCAAAGGUGUACAAUUUUUUUAUUGAUCCAGUUUUCUUGUAUCCUUGUUGGAAUAUCCUGAAACAAGUCAUCUCAUGUACUAAUUGUUUAUAUCUAAAAUGACUUCGAAUUUCCCAAUGUAUUACAUUUUAAAAAGUGGUGUUCGAAUGAAUUAUGGUGUAUGCAUAUCAAUAAAGGUCGGAGAAACUUUGUUUUGCUUUGCAUUAUAAAUAAAGAUGGCAGUUGUCGGUGA